AUGCACAAUAUUACCACCGCUCUCGAAGCAAGACCGAAUGGUCCUCGGACAUUCAGACGACUCCGGCAACGGGUGAAGCAUCGGAUUGAGAGAGAUACGAAGAGCGAACCUUCUCGGUGUUCGGGAGAUGAGGAGAUGGGGGAGAACGACGAGUCCCCGGCAGAGGCUUUAAACGACAGGGCUACGCUCUGCUUACCUGACUUUGCUAGAGAUUCAAUAUUGCAUGGAGGAGAUGAGCGCUUCAAGCCCGCACUGCGCCAAUACUACCCAUCAUCUGAGAGCAAUGCCGCCGAAGGCCUUGUCAACCUUAAAUCAAGGCUCAAGAAUGCCUCAACACAUGACUUUUGGGGAAUAUUGGUGAAGGGUAUGUGCGAUAUCAUUGGCUCGCAAUGCGCAUUUGUGAGCAAGCGGAUGUUGGUAGAUGACCCGGACACCGGCAUUGAGAUGCCCCCGUUGGGUGAACCUGGUUCUUGUCUCAUGGCAAUUGCAUUCUAUGUUGACAACGGCGCCGGGGUGAAAGAAUUAUAUCGGGAUUAUCAAUACCACGCCUACGGUAGCCCUUGUGCCCAUAUGAGGCACGACAAGGUUUUUCUAAUUCCCGAGCGGAUGACCGAGUUCCUGCCAAACAACCCGAUUGUGAUGCCAUGGAAACAAUCCGAGGCAUUCAUUGGUGUCCCGCUCUUUAGUGAAGGGAAGUGUUUUGCUCAUUUUGGUUUGAUUUGGUCAUUAGAGGGUGCUGUGAAGAAGAAGUUGAGUUGGGGAUAUAUAGAGAUGUUUAUGCACUCUCUAGAAGAUAUGAUCUUGCAACGGAUUCUCGAGGACCGCGGACUUGAGAAAGAGCCACGAAGAGAUCCUACGCCCGCCAACGACACACCGGUAUCCGGGUUCACUCCGCCCUUGUCACUACAACCAUAUGCCCGAAGUCUUUCUCACGAGUUAAGGACACCAAUGCAGGGUGUUGUGGGUAUGUUGGAUAUCAUGUAUGCGACGGUGCUGGACGCUAUAUCCGCUCAACAGAGUGAGAAGGAACGUGAACCCUUCAAGCACCUUAAAAGUCACAUCGAGAAAGUUCAAGAUAGCUCUAGACGCGCCGUGGAGGCCGCGGACAAUGUAGUACAUGCAUAUGAUCUCAACAUGCGGAUGCCAGAAAUGCCGAUGACCCCUGAUUUUAAUGACUCGCCCAAUUAUAUGUUAGCGUCAGUGGCUUCAACGUCUCAUACUCCAAACCCAGAGUAUGGAAAGCUACCAUCGCCAGUAAGCACAAAGCGCGGGCGGCCUGACGAAAUCGACUCUUCCGGGCUUCCCCUAAAGCGGAUGUUCACGGUGAUAAAGACGGAGGUCCUUGGUGAAUAUUUUCCUAAUAGUGCCGCCACCUCUUGCGAAGUCUGCGGAACAGUGACGACGACGGUGCCGAAGUCCGAAAGGCCCUCGGGCAGAGCUUCACCGGAUGUAGACGCGCACGGAAUGGCGGGUUCUCCCCGGAUAUCAUCCACAUUGAGUGCAAACCAUCGACGCAUCAUCACUAGGGAAUUCAUGCGAACGUUGCUAAACGACGCUUUGCAGAACGAUCAUCCUACCGGCCAGGUUCACACUGAGGCCGAGACCGGUGAGACGAUCGAUGUUAGGACUAUCAACUCCAAGGGGGAGGUGCAAGAGAAAACAAUAUUAUUGACGGUCGAGCUCGGAUUUCCUGAAGUUAUUAUCACCGAAGACGUCCAUUUACGAUUCGCUUUACAGAAGGUCAUCGGAAAUGCCAUUAAGUUUACUGAUACUGGCAGCAUUAGAAUCACGCUCAAGAUGAGCAAGAAUUUGCAGGUUGUUGAGAUCUGGGUUGUGGACACAGGAUGUGGGAUCUCUGAACAGUCGAAACUACAACUUUUCAAACCACAUUUCCAGGAGGAUGCUUCUAUCAGCCGGGCUCGAGAUGGCCUCGGCCUCAGCCUAUUCAACGCCAAGGCACGUGUUCGGAAGAACCUGGGAGGCGAUGUCACUCUGGAAAGAUCUGCUACAGAUGGACCUUUCAAGGGCUCCGAAUUCCUCAUACGGCUUCCCAUAUCAACUUUAGUCCCAGCCAAUAUAGACGUUCCUCUGGUUGGGGCUCCCCUUCAUGGAGCCUUCCACUUCGGUCCACCUACGCCCAACUUGGAAUCCAGCACGCCUGGGGGCCCUUCCAUUUAUGGUAUUCUAGACGUUAGACCAGGACCAGCACCUCGACGAUCUUCAGCCAUUCCGUCUCACAGACGUCCAGUGUUCAAUCCAAACCUUGCCAAAGAAUACCCCCUGAACAUCCUAAUUGCCGAAGACAAUGCCAUAAAUCGAAACGUCGCCGAAGGGUCAUUAAAAAAGCUCGGUUAUACCACCUCCGACAUAACCCUCGCCCACGACGGCGCCGAAGCAGUGCAGCACUUCAGGGAGUCAUUGUCAAGACCUUCUGAACAAAAGUUUAAUGUCAUUUUGAUGGAUAUUUGGAUGCCGAAUAUGGACGGCUUUGAGGCAUCUAUUCAAAUUUCGGACUUGGCGAGACAGUCGGGAGAGACAACGAAGAUUAUUGCUGUUACGGCUGAUAUUACCGGGGAUUGUAUGGAGAAGGCGGAGAAGGUUGGUAUGAAAGGGUUCCUCGCAAAGCCCUACAAGGUUAUGGAUAUUGAAAGAUUGAUUGUGGAGCAUUUCGACAAAGUUGUUAUGUGUGACGGCUGUUGUUAA